AAGCUACAAUGCUAACAUUACAUAUUUAACCACUCUGGCCUUGCUUUAAAAGCUUGCAGGUUGGAUGUGACCCUCAGUGACACACACAUGAUAGUGAACUCACCAGAGCUUGAUGACCUCAAACCACUGCACAGCAAACACACACUUGAAACAGUUACCCUCCUGAUUACACACUGAUUUACAUGGAUGGGGAUUUCUGCACAGAAUAACUGAAGACAUGAACACCUUCACAAACCCUUCCCCCUCUGAGCAGCUUCAAUCAAUCCUAUCGUUUUGGACAUAAAUAAAAAACCAUUAAUCUUUGAUAGGACAGCAGCUGGUUGUAAUAAUAGCAGCACUUUUGUGUUGCUAUGUUGAGAGAAGUGGCAGGACAUUUUCUCAUGGAGCUGUCCACUGAGAGAGGUCGUGGAAGAUCUGCCAUCUGCACUUGCUUGAAAACUCCUCCUUUCUAAAGACAGAAGAGGGACUGUUGAAUUUGCUUCAUUCCUUCAGAUCCGAGUGUCAUCACUGUCGGCUGACAAGAAUGUGCAGAUCUGCAUGUGGCAGGCCUGGAUGGCACUUGAAGUAAUUGCACUGGUAGCUGAUGGACUUGGAAAGAGACAAUCUAAUCAUUCUAAUCAAAGAAUCAUUCUGUGCUACAGCUUGGGGCUGAUGAUUCCUUUUUCUGCAUGUGCUCUGCAAGAAUCAACAAAAAGAAAUGUUUUUGAUGCAUCCAAUGACUUGAUACAGACCAGCUGUUAAAUUUCAGAUCUAUGUGUUUUUUAUAGCUGAGAUGUGAUUUUUGUGGUUCCUCCUUAAUGAAAAUCCAGAGUCAUCACAAUUCCCAGAGCCCCAAACCCUGACACCUUAAAGUCAAAUUCCCAAUACCACUUGCUUGUCUUAGAAGUUACCACCUCCCUUUCCCCUUAUUUCUAGCCUUGUGCUGUAAAAUCAAUGCUUUUAAGCAUGUAAAAUCCUAACCUUAAACUCAUUUACAUCUACCUUCACUUUAACCCUUACCCCUCGCUAUCUUUAGACAUUUGGAGCCCUUUGAUACCCCUCUCACCAUCAUGGCCUUGGAUCAGUGGCCCUUUCUCCCAACUCCCCCCAACAUCUCCAUGCCUGAGCCCCUCCUCUACGAUAGCUACUUCCAGGGGAAUGAGUCUGACCUGGAUCUGAACACAUCAGAGACCAAGGAGCGUCAUCAGGACAAGACCAGCUCUGUGGUCAUCACCUUCAUCUACUUCGUGGUAUGUGCCGUGGGACUGUGCGGCAACACCUUGGUCAUAUACGUCAUCCUGCGCUACGCCAAAAUGAAGACGGUGACCAACAUCUACAUCCUGAACCUGGCGGUGGCAGACGUUCUGUGUAUGAUGAGCCUGCCGUUCAUCGCCCUGCAGCUGACACUGGUGCACUGGCCCUUUGGAGAAGUGCUUUGCAGGGUGAUCAUGACUGUAGACUCUCUCAAUCAGUUCACCAGCAUAUUCUGUCUGAUGGUGAUGAGCAUCGAUCGAUACUUGGCUGUGGUCCACCCAAUUAAGUCAACAAAAUGGCGGAAGCCCCGUGUAGCCAAGCUAAUUAACCUGACAGUGUGGGUUGUGUCGCUGUUAGUCAUCCUACCUACUAUGAUCUUCAGUGGCCUGGACAAGGUGCCAGUAUGUGGGAUUGUGUGGCCGGAGCCCCAGGAUGUCUAUUACACAGCCUUCAUAUUCUACACCUUCUUCAUUGGGUUCUUCCUGCCGCUAACGGUCAUAUGUCUGUGCUACCUGCUCAUUAUAGUCAAGGUUAAGUCGUCUGGCAUACGAGUGUGUUCCACCAAGCGCAAGCGCUCCGAGCGUAAGGUGACACGGAUGGUGUCCAUCGUGGUGGCGGUGUUCGUCCUCUGUUGGCUGCCUUUCUACAUUUUCAACGUCACCUCCGUCACCGGCUCCAUCAAGCCCACCUCUGCUGUGAAGAGCACCUUCGACUUUGUAGUGGUGCUCGGCUACGCCAACAGCUGCGCCAACCCCAUCCUGUACGCUUUCCUGUCAGACAACUUCAAGAAGAGCUUUCAGAACGUUCUGUGCCUGAAAAAGGUAGCGGGCCUGGACGAGAUUGAUCGCAGUGACAGCAGGGCAGACAGGAGCAGGAUGGCUAACGAUGCCGCAAUCAUCAGUGCCAACUUGGAGACUCACAAUGCUGCACUGCUCAAUGGCGAGCUUCAGACCAGCAUCUGAGGGUAAAGGAGCGGCAGUCGCAUCCAGGGAGGCUAGAGAGAGAUCAGUGGUGCUUGGGGCUUCCAGACUAAUGGGCCACCACUGCACUGCUAGUGACCCCUGUUCAAAGAUGCGGGGCAGGAGGAUGAUGUACUGCUAUUGCUCAUGGAGAAUGACAUAUGAGUAAAGUCUAAGUAAAAAAUAAAUUCAGGUCAGGAAAAGUACACUGACUCCGGCUCAAAACUCAAAAUAUGUGGGUUAAUGAAGCAACUUGAGUUCGCCCUGAGGUGGAGCAAAAAUGUAUCUUGACUAUUGAUUUUCAAAACUGUAGAGACUAGUGAUGUUGAAAUCAAACACAAAUAAGAGUGCUGUUCAUGUUUGCCAUCUUGAGAUUUCUGUUGAUUUGUCAGAAGUGAAGCAAAAUUGAACCAAGAUCAGAGAGUGGACUGUUCACCCAUGGCAGAAAUAUUUGAGGGUUUGAGUACCAUCCAUGCCCUGCUUGAGUUUUUUGAGAGCUAUGAAGGCUCGGCACUGAAUUCUCUGAAUGUGGAAAUACUGGUGAAAAGGUCGGCAAAACAUGUCAGUGGAAAACAGAAGUGUUAUUCAAAAAGGUAUUCUAGACUUUGAAAGACAAAAAUCAGAAACCACAACCCUGAACAGUUUCAUGGUCAUGUCUUAUUCAUCUAAGACCAGUCCGGGAAACAAAAUGGCAUAGCCCUCCAACAAAUGAAGGAUGCUCUUUUCCCUCUCUAGCUGUCAUCUCAACUGGAGAAGCUGCAUUGAUUCGUAAACUCCUGAAUUUAACAUCCUGGAUGGGUUUAUUGAUCAAGUGGAAGGGUAGGAAAACAUCUCAGCAGCUGCUCUGACCUUGCUACCAUUAAAAAAGCUUCAGUUUGUACAUACAAAAUAGUUUUCUGUCAACCUCUGGGGAAAAAUUCUGCAUAUUGAUGAUGCAAGUGUCCUAAAAUGAAUUUCAAAGGCAAUCCCUGCUGUAAAAUUCUGCAUGGUUAAGAUGCAUCAAGGACAGCUCUGAAAUUACUUUUGGGAAACCCAUCAUUCGUACUCAAUAUUUCACUGUACAUUGGUCUUUACGAUAGUUGCUCUCCGUGCCAGCGGUGCCAUUGUAAAGAGCCCAUUUGUUCUUGUAAAGUGCUGUGUUUUGAUAGUAUAAGAUUUCCUCCUGAGUUCAUUUUGAAAUGUGGUCGCCACCCUCAGUUUCACAUUUGGUUCAGCCAGCGUGUGCUUGCAAAAAUUUCACAGAAGGCAGGAAAAUGUGUCACAUUCAGAGAGGGAGGAAGAGAGGAAUAUGGAGAUAGAAUGAACUAAAGCUUGUGUCUGUAUUAGUGUAUCUACUGAGAACACAAAACAUGAAGGCCACGCUUGAGAGGUUCUCACUGAGGCAUACGCUCAUUUCACUGUAUGGCAAAUAACACAAAAAGCAUUUGAUUAAUGUGACCUUGAGUUCUCAGUAGCAUUUCAUACACCCAAUGAAUAGUAAAAGGAAUAAGCGGGCAGCUAUAGUUAACUCCAGUUUAUACCAGUACUCUAUAUAUUUAGAGGCUUCUUAUAAGAGACAUGAAGGUCAGGAUGCCAGGCUGAGUAAUGGAACAAUCAAUCAAUCAAUCAGUAGAACAUCAUUUUCUUUUUUACCAUGCCCAUUUAUGGUCCCCAUAGGACUGACUGUAACAUAGUAACUGUCCACCUAGCACCAUCAUUAGGUCAUAUAUAUAUAUUUUUUUUAUGACCAAAUGUCUAAUUCCCAUCAAGCUCAGCUGUACUUUGCAGCUUAGUGCUAAUUAAGAAAUCAGCAUGCUAACACGCUAAACUAAGAUGGUGUACAGAGUAAAUAUUGUAACUGCUAAAUGUCUGCAUGUUAGCAUUGUCCUUGUGAGCGUUAGCAUACUGAUGUUAGCAAUGAGCUCAAGUACAGCCACAGCAUGGCUUUAGACUAUUAGUGCUGUGAAUUGGUCUGUUCAUUUUUACAUAAUGUUCAUACUGAUCCAGCUCCAAUUAAGAUAUAAGGUCAUCAGCCUCUAAUGUAAACGCUGACCGUUUGACAUCAUUAUCAGCUUUUAUAAAUUACGUUGCUGGUUCUGUUGCUAGCUAAAACAAUACCACUCUGCUUACUUAACGGGGCUAAUUCCACUAAGCUACAACUUCCUAGUAGAGCGAGAGCCAAAGGAGCUACAACAAAAGACCUUGUCACAAUAACCUGAGUUUGGAAACCUUAUCACUCCAUUAAUGCUGAGUGAAUGAGCCCACAUCCACAAUGUGACAUCUAUUUCCGUUUUAGCUUUCGGACUGUUUGUGCACAUAAUUCCUCUAACGGACCUCCAUGAUGGAGUCACAUCUAGUUGGCGGGAUAUUUGCCAAACAACUGCAAAGCCUCUGGAGUAAUAAGGUCACCCGCCAUAUGCUGCAGUGUCACAUUCACUUCAUCCCAGCAUAUCAGUCAAGUCAGAAACCAUCAAUCAGUGCAAUCAAAAGAGUUGAGGAGCAAGGCAGGGCUUGUCCUGGGAGGUUACUACGGAAAAUAAUUAUGUGUGGCCACGCGCACACAGAGAUACCUGUAUCACAGUUGGUAGUGGACCACACAGCCAAUAAUUUGGCAUGGCCUUCUCUCUGUGCUGUCACUGCUAGUAGUAGUAAUUGUAGCAGGGUCAUUCUUAUCUUUUCUCACAGGUCAAAAAAGUAUCACACACUCAAGUUCACAGGCAUGUGUGCAGGUACAGUCCCAGAUGAUGCAUAUAAAGACAAAACACACACUCUCGUACCCUUGUUGCUCACAAUGUGUCACACAGACGUAGGCUCCUUGCACCCAAGUCUGAGUAAUUGGAAGGUGAUAAGGGUGACCAAUUCUGCAUUAGGGAGUCAUACUGACCCAGCGGAGACUGUGUAUGUACGCAUGUUUUUCUGUGUAUAAUAAUCUAACACAGCCCAAACCAAAGGCUUUACGUGAGUGACACCCACAACCAGAAGUAUGUUUGGAUUGUAAUUUGAUUAUCAAAUGUAGAACCUGUAGAAAAACCUGUGAAUCAUCCCUAAACAUGCACUAUCUUCCUGAA